AUGAGCACAACAGAAGCUACUGCCGCACUCAAGAAAGUUCCAGUCACCUUGCUCACUGGUAUUUCGGAUGAAAGCAAAUCCUUGAUCUGUAAGAAAGUUGCAGAGAAUAAGGAUGGCAUGAAGAUUGUUCUUUUUGUGAAUGAUUUACAAAAAUUCAAAUUUGAAUCCUCUCAAAUCGAAAAACAACAAGAGGAUCUCAUUGCUCUCAAGAAUGGUAGCUUGCUCGUUCAAUCUUCAGAUCUCUAUUUGGAACAAUUGAGUUCAUUCGUCGUGGACAAGAAAUUCGAUGCCUGUCUCUUUGAAGUCGACAAAAUGGAACCUCUCGAUCUCACCAUUCAAGCAUUUGCUACAGUCAUUUCGGAAGAGGAAGAACAUGAACACGAUGAAAAUUGUAAUCAUGAUGAAGAAGAUGGUGUCCGAAUGAAUGACAUGGCUCCUCUCGAUAACAUUGUUGCAGUGGUAGAUGCUGAGACUUUUAUGAAAGACCUCGAAUCAGAAGAAACUUUUACUGAAAGAUAUGGAGAAGAUGCAGUUCCAGAGGGAAUAGCAAACGAACAAAUCUCUUUCCAAUUGGUCGAACAAAUUGAGGAAGCCAAAAUUGUGAUUAUUAAUAAUCUUGAUAAGGUAGAAGAUAAAAAGACAGUGGAAGCUUUGAUUAAAAAGUUGAAUCCUCUCGCUAAGGUAAUGACCAAUGUUGCAGAUGACAAAACAAAGGAACUUUUCAAUACUGGUUUGUAUUCAUUGGAGAAUGCUGAGAAUGAUACUCCAGUGUGGAUGAAGCAAAUUGAUGGUGAUGUGAAAUCUGAGACUAUUGAAGGAAUUUCAAGCUUUGUCUAUAAGAGAAGACGUCCUUUCAAUACUGAAAAGUUGGACAAGUUCGUUCAUGGUUCUGAUUAUUUAAAUAAGGAUUCUGGUAUUAUUCGAUCAAAGGGAAUUUUCUGGCUCUGCACAAGAAACAACGAAACUGGUGACUGGAAUCAUGUGAAGAACCUUAUUGAAUUUUCUUCAGCUGGUCCAUUCGUUUCUAGUCUUGAAGAAGAAGAACUUGCUUUAUUCUCCCCUGAAGUUAUUGAAAAGUUGAAAUCAAAGAUUGAAGGUGAACACGGAGAUCGUCGAACUGAAAUUUUAUUUAUUGGUAAAUCCAUGAACCAAAAGGAAAUUGAGGAAAAGUUGGAUAGUUGUCUCAUUACUCCAGAAGAACUCGCCAAAGGUGUUGAAUAUUAUGCCACCAUGUGUGAGGAUUCCUUACCUGAAUGGCCAGUAGUUGAUCUUAUGGAUGAAAUGUUCGAAAUGGAAGAGGAUGAAGAAGACGAAGAAGAUGAAGAGAACGAAGAAGAAAUUGAUAUCACCACUACUCCAAAGAGAAAGAGAAACACUGACCAAAGUGGCGGUAGCUCUAAGAAGAGUAAGAAAUAA